GUUUGCGCAUUAUUAGUGGUUUGGAAUUUCAACGCUUGAUAUUGUAUUAUUCGAGCACUAUGAUUGUAUCUCCGUGCAUAAAGGGAAAAAAAAACACGUGACGGCGAUGGCGAUUAGAUGCUCAAAUCCAACAGGAUCAAGAUGCCGGCGACAUUGCCACGAAGAAGGUGGGAGGAAGAAGAAGGUUGCCGGCAAGGCCGCCAUCCAAGUCCCAUUUGUGCACCGGCUCUGCCAACCUGCCAUUGCGGUCGCCUGCGUCUCACAUGGCUGUUGGCUCAGUACUUGUCGUACAGUACACUACUCCCAUCGCAAAGCCAAGAGGAGUCGGGGACGAACGAGUACGGGAUCCCGGGAAGGUUCACCCGGCGCCACCUUUUCCCCGUAACGCGAGUAGCGGUGGUCCACUAUUUUAAGCGCGGGCGGCGGCGACCAAUCGCGAGAACGCCGCGCGCGCAAGAUGCAGGGCGCGGCGACCUCUGUCUCCGGAGCCUCGUGGUCCCGGGCCACGCGCGGCCGCGCCUCCGCCCUCGCCUCGCGCCAUGCCGGCAGCCUCGCCGCCUCCUCCUCCUUCUCCUCCUACGGGCCCCGGGGUGCCCUCGCCGCCGCCGCCGCGCCGCCGUUGCCGCUCCUCCGCGUUCGCGGCGGCUGCCGGCUCCGGCCUCUGUCGCUGCUGCCCGAUAGCGGCAGGAAUGGGGAGGUCGCCAAGGCGGCGGCCGCGGCGGCGGCAUCGGUGCCGGAGGACGACGCGAGCGCUGCGGCGAGGGGAGAGGGCGCCGGCGGCAUUGCGGCCACGGCGCAGCUGGGCGCCAUGAUCGUCGCGUGGUACCUGCUCAACAUCUACUUCAACAUCUACAACAAGCAGGUUCUCGGCGCGCUGCCGUUGCCGCUGCCAUACACCAUCACCGCCUUCCAGCUCGCCUUCGGCUCCCUGCUCAUCUUCCUCAUGUGGGCGACCAGGCUCCACCCGGCGCCCAGGCUCUCCGCUGCGCAGUUGGGCAAGAUCGCACCGCUGGCCUUGGGGCACAUGCUGGGCACGGUGUUCACCAACAUGAGCCUGGGCAAGGUCGCCGUCUCCUUCACCCACACAAUCAAGGCCUCCGAGCCCUUCUUCACCGUCGUCCUCUCCGCCCUCUUCCUCGGCGAGGUUCCUUCCCUGCCGGUGCUGGGCUCGCUCGUGCCGAUCGUUGGCGGCGUCGCCUUGGCAUCGUUCACCGAAGUUUCUUUCAACUGGACUGGGUUUUGGAGCGCCAUGGCGUCCAAUCUGACCAACCAAUCAAGGAAUGUCCUCAGCAAGAAACUCCUUGCCGGUGACAAGGAUGCUAUGGAUGACAUAAACCUCUUCUCGGUAAUCACUGUGCUGUCGUUUCUGCUAUCGUGUCCUCUGAUGCUGUUCGCAGAAGGCGUCAAGUUCACCCCAGGGUACCUCCAGAGCUCUGGCCUGAACCUCCAAGAACUCUGCAUCAGGGCAGCACUCGCAGGUUUUUGCUUCCAUGGCUAUCAGAAGCUCUCGUACCUGAUCUUGUCGAGGGUGUCACCGGUGACCCACUCCGUCGCCAACUGUGUCAAGCGCGUGGUUGUCAUCGUCUCUUCAGUUAUCUUCUUCAGCACACCCAUUUCGCCUGUCAACGCACUAGGAACUGGUGCUGCAUUAGGAGGCGUUUUCCUGUACUCGAAGCUGACGAGAACGAAGAAACCGAAGAAUGCAUGAGGGAUGAAAUAGAAAAGGGUACAUUAGUUCGUGAAAAAUUCUUGUUGUAUACACAAUUUUGAGGUAUACAGAUUAGAUCGAGAUGUAUUGAUGAGGAGAUGGAACAAGCGGAGUUCCCACCCCAGUUGUACACUUGUACCACAUGGCACAGGCAGCUCAUUUGCAGAGCUGCAACAUUCGUGACUGAAUAUAUUCUCGAGACACGGUGUUCUGGCCACAAGAUCCAAAA